AUGGCGACCAUCCCUUGCCCAUCCGCCUGCAUAAAGUCAAGCAGCCGUCAAUUCUCGUCCAGGCCAGCAUCAGCAAGGCGGUUGCAAUGCGACGCCGUGUCAUUCAGCGGCCUUCGUGCGACCACCUCCUUGUCACAGGCCGCAGCUGCCAAGACCUCUAGACUAGCUCUACCCUCGCAGAGCGCGUCGCGCGGCGUGGUGACAUGCGGGCUGGACGACUUCAUCGGCGGGGAUCUCAUCGGGCUCGAUCUCGGCCAGUGGGUGGACGACGUUGAGCGCUACGGCGCGGUGGGCUUCUAUUCGCCACCGGAGGGCGGCGCGGAGGGUCGGUAUGCGACGAGUCUGAAGUACGCGGGUUACCACAUGAUGAACAUCUCGGCGCGCGGCCUCGGCGACCCCGAGGCGUACCUCCUCAAGACCCACGGCGUCCGCCCGCCGCAUCUGGGCCGACAAGCCGUGGCGCGGUUCUACCUGCCGCCCGAGGUGGACCACCGGCUGGCCGUGCUGCCGCCCAAGUACAAGGGGCUCGUGCUCUGGAUCGGCGAGGCCAAGGUGCUGGCGAAGAACGAGCUGCAGUUCCUCACACUGCUGCCAGCGCUGCGGCCCAACGUGAAGGUGGUGGUGGAGAUGGGCUACUCGCGCAAGUUCUACUGGAAGCCAAUGCAGGAGCUGGUGGGGCUGCCCACAUCCGCCCCAUCAGCACAUGCUGUUCCUGCGGCCACAUCUGAUCCCUUCCCCCCUGCUGCGGGGGGGGGGGGGGCUGGUGCUGCAGAUCCCCUCCCCCCCUCUGCUGCACCCGCAGGCAUCGGGGCCGCGGUUAGGGGCGGCAGGUCGCGAGGGGCCAUGGCCAGGGGCGACAGGGCCAUGGCUAGGGGCGACGGGGCCAUGGCUAGGGACGGGGCCGGGCGCUGGGCAGGUACGGGGCCGGGCGCUGGGCAGGAACGGGGCCGGGCGCUGGGCAGGUACGGGGCCGGGCGCUGGGUAGGUACGGGGCCAGGCGUUGGGCAGGGACUGGGCCGGGCACUGGGCAGGUACGGGGCCGGGCGCUGGGCAGGUACGGGGCCGGGCGCUGGGCAGGUACGGGGCCAGGCGCUGGGCAGGUACGGGGCCGGGCGCUGGGCAGGUACAGGGCCGGGUGCUGGGCAGGUACGGGGCCGGGCGCUGGGCAGAUACGGGGCCGGGCGCUGGGCAGGUACGGGGUCGGGCGCUGGGCAGGUACGGGGCCGGGCGCUGGGCAGGUACGGGGCCGGGCGCUGGGCAGGUACGGGGCCGGGCGCUGGGCAGGUACGGGGCCGGGCGCUGGGCAGGUACGGGGCCGGGCGCUGGGCAGGUACGGGGCCGGGCGCUGGGCAGGUACGGGGCCGGGCGCUGGGCAGGUACGGGGCCGGGCGCUGGGCGCGGAAUGGGGCUGGGCGCGGGGCUAGCAAAGGCAAGGGGAGCAAGGGUGGUGUAGGGGAUGGCGGGAGCGGCGGCGGAGGCGGUGGAGGAGGCGGAGGGGGUGGCGGUGGAGGUGGGGGUGGUGCCCGGAGUGGGGGCUUCAGUGGCGGCGGUGGAGGUGGUGGAGGCAGCGGCGGCGGUGGUGGAGGCAGCGGUAGCGGUGGUGGAGGCAGCGGCAGCGGUGGCGGAGGUGGUGAUGGCGGUGGUGCUGGUCGAGGUGCAGCCGCGCAGCGUGGAGGCUUUGGUGUGUCCCGCCCGACCCGGGCAUUGCGGCUGCUGCUCUAG